AUGAUCAUUCCAGGAGGAAGGACAUAUUUUCUUACUCCUUUGACAUUUAAAGGACAUUGCGAGAGCGCGAAUAUUUUGGUCAAGGUUGAUGGGAACAUCGUUGCUCCAGAAUCUCCAGAUGCAUGGAAUGGACUUGAUGUACACUUAUGGAUAUCAUUCAAAGAGGUGAACGGACUUACCAUAAGUGGUGGUGGUACCAUUGAUGGCCGCGGCAAGAAAUGGUGGGAUCAGUCGUGCCGAUACCAUCCUGGACCUGGAUGCACCAAAUUGGCGCCAACGGUAUUGAGAUUUUUGCAAUGUGAUGACUGCAUAUCUAUUGGAGAUCACAUUGAUGACAUUCACAUCGAUAACAUUAACUGCGGACCUGGUCAUGGUAUAAGCAUCAGAAGCUUGGGUAUAAACGGGGGCGAGGCAAAAGUGCAAGACAUCCGUGUUACGAAUUCCCACUUCCGUGACACUACUAACGGAAUGCGGAUCAAGACAUAUCAAGGCGGGAAUGGAUAUGCGAAGGAUUUUUACUUCAAGAAUCUCAAUUUUGAUACUGUUUCCAACCCUAUAAUCAUCGAUCAAUAUUACUGCGCAGUGGCAGGUGCCUGCCCCCCUCAGAAUACUGCUGUUCAGAUCAAGAAUGUGACAUACGAGCACUUCACUGGAACAUCAGCUACGCAAGCGGCAGUGGUUCAAAACUGCAGUCAAGCUAUUCCUUGCACUGAACUAACAUUUAAUAACAUACAAUUAUCGCCUGCAAAACGGGGAGAACCUGUCAAGUCGGUUUAUAUCAACGCUCAUGGAGAAAGAGCCGGAUUGCUUCGGCCUAAGAUUCCAUGUCUGCUUAAUUGA